GACCCUGAGAGCCGGACCCAUGUGGAAACUGCUGCCCGCCGCGGGCCCGGCCCGAGAACCAUACAGACUUUUGACUGGUGUUGAGUACAUUGUUGGAAGGAAAAACUGUGGCAUUCUAAUUGAAGAUGAUCAGUCAAUCAGUCGAAAUCAUGCUGUGUUAACUGCUAACUUUUCUGUAACCAACCUGAGUCAAACAGAUGAAAUCCCUAUAUUGACGAUAAAAGAUAAUUCUAAGUAUGGUACCUUUGUUAAUGAGGUAAAAAUGCAGAAUGGCCUUUCCCAAACUUUGAAGACAGGGGAUAGAGUCACUUUUGGAGUGUUUGAAAGUAAAUUCAGAGUAGAGUAUGAGCCUUUGGUUGCAUGCUCUUCUUGUUUAGAUGUCUCUGGGAAAAAUGCUUUAAAUCAAGCUGUAUUGCAACUUGGAGGACUUACUGUAAAUAAUUGGACAGAAGAAUGCACUCACCUUGUCAUGAUGUCAGUUAAAGUUACCAUUAAAACAAUAUGUGCACUCAUUUGUGGGCGUCCGAUUGUAAAGCCAGAAUAUUUUACUGAAUUUCUUAAAGCAGUUCAGUCCAAGAAACAGCCUCCACAAAUUGAAAGUUUUUACCCUCCUGUUGAUGAACCAGCUAUUGGAAGUAAAAAUAUUGAUCUGUCAGGACGACAGGAAAGAAAACAAAUCUUCAAAGGGAAAACAUUUGUAUUUCUAAAUGCCAAACAGCAUAAAAAAUUAAGUUCAGCAGUUAUUUUUGGAGGGGGAGAGGCUAGGUUGAUAACAGAAGAAAAUGAAGAAGAAGAUAGUUUCUUUUCAGCUCCUGGAAAUUGUGUUAUUGAUGUAGGAAUAACGAAUUCACAGACCUUAAUUCCUGACUCUCAGAAAAAAUGGAUUCAUUCAAUUAUGGGUAUGCUCCAAAGGCAGGGUCUCAGACCUAUUCCCGAAGCAGAAAUUGGAUUGGCAGUUAUUUUCAUGACUACAGAGAAUUAUUGUGAUCCUCGGGACCAGCCCAGUACAGGAUUGAAGACAAUGACUCCGGGGCCAAGCCUUUCCCAAGGCUUGUCAGUCAAUGAAAAACUAAUGCCAAGCGCCCCAGUGAAUACUACAACAUAUGUAGCUGACACAGAAUCAGAGCAAGCAGAUACAUGUAUGGAUUUGAGUGAAAGGCCAAAAGAAAUCAAAAUGUCCAGAAUGGAACAAAAACUCAGAAUGCCUUCACAAGAAACAUCCACUGCGAAGGAACCCCCCAAACUCAGCUCUAAUUAUAGUAAUAUAGUAUCAGAUACUCUUGUUAGGAUGAAAAUCCUAAACUAUCAGCUUUCACCAACUAAAUUCCCAAGUGUAAAUAAAAGUGGAGAUUGGGCUUCUCAGCAGCAGCAGACCAACUCCAUCAAAAACUACUUUCAGCCAUCUACCAAAAAACGGGAAAGGGAUGAAGAAAAUCAAGAAAUUUCUUCAUCUAAGUCAGCAAGAACAGAAAUGUCUUGUUCUCCUUUAGAACAAACACAACCUGCUACAUCCUCAAUGUGGAAAAAUAAGGAGCAGCAUCUAUCUCAGAAUGAGCCUGUGGGGACAAAAACAGAUAACUUAUUUACAAAUACAGAUUUAAAAUCCACUGUGAAAAAUUCGACCAAUAAAUCUCUUUCUACAGAAAAACUAAGAUCAGAAAAAAUAAAAGAAAUUGAUGAUUUAGCCAUAGAAAAUGAAAUAUUGGAACAGUUAUUCCAGAACACAAAACCAGAGUUGGAAAUCAAAGUGAACACUCAGAAACAAGAGGAAGCCGUCAACCUUAGGAAAAGGCCAAGAUUGGAUUUAGAAACAGAUGGCACUUUUUAUGAUGAAGCAGUAUCAGAAAGUAACAAAAUACCUGUAAGUAACAUUUUUUUAAAUAAGUAUUGCAAAUAGAAACUUCGAAUAUUA